AGAAACUUCAUGCUUUUCUUUACUAACAAGCGACACUGGGAAACCAUGCGGUUUAGCAUCUUCUUCAUCGUCCUCCUGGGCUUCCUCUACCUCACACUGGCACAAGAUGAGGACUGCUGCCUGCAAUACAUCAAGAAAAUAAACCCGUCCAUGAAGAACAGAGUGACCAGCUACAGAAAACAAGAGCUGGACGGACGCUGCCACAACCCAGCUGUUGUCUUCUCAUUGGACCAUGGUGGUGUGAUUUGCACUGAUCCAAAGGAAACAUGGGUCCAUGAUCUGAUGCGGAGGGUGGACGGACUGUCAGGAGGGUCAUCUGUGAGGAGGAAGGUGCGCAGUAGUGGAUCCAGAUUUAGGCGAUCUGAGCAGCCGCUUGAUGAGGAACAACCGAGCGCUGACCCGAACCUGCUCGUACCUACUAAAAGUAUCAGAAUUGCUAUACCUUUCAGACGUCCGGGACGUCCCAGACCUCCUUAUCGUCCCAGACCUCCUUAUCGUCCCAUACAUCAUUUUCCCAGACCCUUCUGACCUCCCAGGCCAGACACCA